CCAGAACUUUGACAUCUUCUUUCCAUCUAUCUUUAGCAAGCAACAGAAUUGUUUUGUUUGGAUCAGCCAUCCAUCAGCAUGAAGGUCUCCGAGUUUAUGAUCCCUGCGGACAAGGUGGUGCGAGUGAGCCCCAUGGAUACCGUGCAAACGGUGAUGGAUCUCAUGUUGGAGCGUCACAUUGGCGCCCUCAUUGUAAUGGAUGACGACGAAGCGGAGCAUGGUGGAUUGCCCGUGCCAUUGGGGAUCAUCACCAAGACGGACAUCGCCAAAGCUUACAAAACCCAAAUACCCAUUGACGAUCCUUGCAAAGCCAUGAUGAACCAAGGAGAACUCAUCACGUGCACUCCCAACAUUGAUCGAGAAAAGGCCGCACGCAUUCUCAAGGAGCAUCACACCCAUCAUCUCGUCGUGGUCGAUGAAGAGAGUUCUCAUUUUCUAGGACUCAUCAGUAGCUUUGAUAUCACGGCCGAAUGUGCCAACGGACCCGCAUGGCUGUGGAACUUUUUGCCACGCAAGGAACUCAAUGCACCCAUUACGGAAUCCCAACGUGCCGAUGCUGCAGGGCCUGAAUCCAUCUUUCAUCACAAGCAUGACAAAACACAGUACGAAGAUUACGUCGAUCUCUUGGGAUUUCAGUAAGACAUUACUUACUCACUCACUCACAGUACACACAAUUAAGAAUUACAACUACGUGUCAUGAAUGCUGGAGAGUUUUUCCUCACUUCCAAGUUGCAUGUGCCUGGGAUCGACCUCAGCUCCACUGAUUGAAUUGAAUUGAUACGAUGAGACGACCAAUCACCUCUACCGUUGCAGACUUAUAAGUUCAUGUAGUCUAAUACCCC